CAGUUUAUUCCCCCAUACUAUGACGAACUCCAUGUGAAUGAUCCGGUAUCACCAUCCUCGAGGCGGACUUCUACUCACUUGUUCACUUCUACUGGAUCCAUAGUCAGUCGGAACUCGGAACUGUGAGCUCGAACAAUUAUUCGAUUUCGCAUCGUUUGUUGGAUUACGUACGCCACUGAGCCAACGUCUCCAGCGAGAGUCGAUUGUUUUUUUUCUGUGCCUCUUCGAGUUGUUCUUUUGCGGCCGCGUUGUUGCGUUACUUCUUCCGUCGAGAGUGUUUUGUUAUGGUUCAGUGUUGCGACUGGUUUCCUGAAAAAUUUGCUUGAUUUGUUUGAUUUUUGAACAAAAUGCUGGUUUUUGAGAACCCAACCUCACACCAUCAGAAGGAAGGUCCUUCGUCCAAUUCAGGACAUCUAGUGAAAGUCACCACUAGAAACGGACCUACUAUAUCAAAAACAUCACUUAACACAUACAGCCAGCCUUUGCUUAACAAAGACCCGCUUUUAUCAUCAGACCACUAUGGAUCGCACUCUAGUUCAUCAUCAUCCAGACAUUUAAGCUCCAGCUAUCGCAAUGGGAUUUCGAGAAGUGCGUUUUUUAGCUCAGAGUUACCGCACUUAGACCCCACAAAAGCUGCGUUCAAGCUGAACUUAAAUCAGGGCUCCUCUGCUUCUACUCCAGGAACCCCCAUGGUAGACACCCUGCCUACCAUCAAUAACAAUCUCCAUAAGGACCAUGAGGUUACCAACAACAAUAAAAAGGCGGGCUGGUUUCCUCUGACCCAUACCGAGGCUCUCUCGCUUUAUGGAAACAGGCUGACCGAGUACGAAAAGACUGAAAUAGAUAAUUACUCAAAAAUCUGGUACCUCGGACUCAACGCUCAUAAAAUAAAUGGUGAUAACUGGGGAUCUCAAAACGGGGGAUAUGAUGACGACAGUGGAAAUUAUAACAAAGUGUUGCACGAUCACAUUGCUUACCGUUACGAAAUCUUGGAAGUGAUUGGUAAAGGCAGUUUCGGGCAGGUAAUUCGAGCUUUGGACCAUAUGACCCAUAAAUACGUGGCGAUCAAAAUAAUCCGGAACAAGAGGCGAUUCUAUCAUCAGGCGCUCGUAGAAGUGCGAAUUCUGGACCAUUUGCGAAAGAAGGACAAGAACAGCGGCCACAAUGUGAUCCACAUGCUCGAGCACUUUUAUUUCCGGAAUCAUUUGUGUAUCACUUUCGAGUUACUUAGCCUUAAUCUAUACGAGCUAAUAAAAAAGAACAACUACCAAGGCUUCAGCCUCAACCUAAUCAGGAGGUUCGCCAGCUCGUUGCUAAAAUGCCUCAGGUUGUUGGAGAAAGAAAACAUCAUCCAUUGCGACCUGAAACCGGAAAAUGUGCUUCUGAAGCAACGAGGCAGCAGUUCAAUUAAGGUAAUCGACUUUGGAAGUUCCUGCUAUUCAAAUCAACGAGUCUACACCUAUAUACAGUCGCGAUUCUACAGAUCGCCCGAAGUUAUAUUGGGAUUGACAUAUGGAACCGCUAUAGAUAUGUGGAGUCUUGGAUGUAUUUUGGCUGAAUUAUAUACGGGCUAUCCACUAUUUCCCGGAGAAAAUGAAGUGGAGCAGCUGGCUUGUCUAAUGGAAGUUUUGGGCGCUCCACCCGAUGACCUCAUAUCAGCAGCAACAAGGAAAAGAUUAUUUUUCGAUUCCAGAGGAAACCCACGUUGUAUAACGAACUCAAAGGGAAGGAAAAGGAAGCCGGGAAGCAAAAGCCUAUCAAUGGUUUUAUCUUGCAGCGACAGCAUGUUUAUUGACUUUGUCUCGAAAUGUUUGGAUUGGAACCCAAAGCGUCGCUUGACACCAAAUGAAGCUCUGAACCAUUCUUGGAUUCUAUCAGGUUCGUCUCAUGCGCGCCAGAUGAAGUCGGGAGAGUUGCGACAUAGUCACUCAGAAGUGAACGUGGCUAAUGAUAGUCACUCCUCUUCAAGCAGUAUUUCCGGAGGAAGUCAUCCGAGGCCUCAGUACAAGUGUAGUAUUGAACAGGACCCGGUCAGAGCCAAAAUAAUCACAACGUUCUUCGAAGACGGUUCCACUCAUAAGUUGGACUCGAACCUGAAUGAUUCGGGUACUUUUCUGCCUCCCUUACUAUAGUAUGUCUUAGUGUUUACUGGAUCGUGUCUGUCGAAUGGAUAUAGUAGGAAAUUGAUUUUAGAUUGCGGUAGAAACGUGACCAAAAUACUGCCAAAUUGUUAAUCGUCCCGGAUGACGUAUCUAUAUCUAUAUAAUAUAAUGCAAGUAGAAUCAAUCAAUGAUUUAGAAUUUAUAGAUGACUGACCUUCUGCGUCGGUAGCCUGUGGAAGGCUUUGAAAAAUGGAUAUCAUAUUAUCAGGGUUAUACUAAGCUGAAGGAUUGUUGUUUGUUGUAAGAAACUUGUAGAUAACCAUUGGCUUUCAGUAACAGUGAUGUAUGUACACGAAAGUUAAUAAUCUAGAAUGAGGACUAUUGUAUACCUAUCCAAGUUCUAUGAAGAAAUUCAAAUUCCUCACCUUCUGGAAAUAUAAUGCCAAUUGCGUUAAUUAGAAAAAAACAUUUUGCUCCCGUUUUAAUACUUCUUUUUGCGCUAGAACUUCAACUUCGCAGCAACAACCGGAUAUUGCAAAAAAUACAUAUCUAUUUACUAAACCUAAAUGAUAAUUUAUUGUAUUUUACAUAUGUUUUUAAUUAUGCUCUCUUUCUGGAUUUAAUUCUUUUCUUAAUUUUUAAUUAGUUUUUGGCUAUUUCAAUCCUGUUCCAUUUCCAACAACUUCCUCUUCAAUGUUUCAACAUUUUUCAGAAUUAUCCAAGCAUUAGCCAAACAUCUAAUCUUUCAAUUUACUUCCUAUACAUUGAAUCCACGGAAAUUACAGCCCAGGCGACGUAGGUUAAACGUGAAAAAAACGUCAAAGCACUCUUGAACCUCCCAAAAUCACGUUUUUAUGACGACUGUACGACGCGAGCUUGUCUCACCCGGCUCCCUGAGUUGUCACUAAAAAAGACGUGAUAUCUACGUCAUUAUCACAUUCAUUAGGGCAAUAAAACAUAUAAGUUGCAUCAUUAAUGUCCGGUAGUACCGUGAUAUUUAGCGAAAGCUUAAGCAAAGAAUCGGUUUUCUUAUCUAAUGACUUGGAACUUUCCUUUUUCUCCUUUUUGUGAUUCUUUUGCUUUGCUUUCAUUUAUUAACUGUGGCUUCUAAUGAAUUUCAAACAAUUUCCAAUAUUGAAAUCUUUUCCAGUCUAUUACUUUUUUAUCGGUUUUACUGCCUGUGAAGUUAUUUCUGAUAAUAUUGCUGAAAAGAAUACGCUCAAUAAGAGUUAUCGAAAAUUGAAUAUUUCGAACCGUUUGUGAGAUACAGAGUGUUUAGUUUCGGGGACCCGUCAAUUUUAAACACUUCCGCUACUAUAUUCUUAGGAGUUUGAAAAUUCCGAUGAAACCUAAAUGUUGGAAGAUGGAUUUUGAGAUUGGCUAUCGAAGAACUCAUUAGGACUGUUCCAAUAUUUUUACUCAUUUCGGAAAUAUGACGUUUUUAAACUUUCAGACGCCUAUAUAGGGGCGAGGCCCUAGUUCAGAUUUUUUUGUUACAGAAGAAAGUUAAAUAUUUCCUUUUUCGAAUAAGUACCUACUUACAAAAAUCAUUACUUUUGAGUGGUCGAUUUAUGGGCGAACCCCUACUUUGAUUUUGACGCUCAAUAAGUUUCAGCUUAGCUUCAGCUUCAGUUUAUUUGACAAAUGCGAUCAAACUUUAGCAAUAAUUACUAAUAAUAUUAAAUGCAACUUUUACUAAAUAACCAAUUGCAUCAAAAGUGAUUUUGGUUUAAAUAACGUCUUUAUUAUGACGCUAGUUCAAGUGGCCCACUUCACGUAGAUUAAACGUCUCCUUGAUAUUCAAAUUAAAUUGUGACUGAAAAUCGACCUCGUUUAAUUUUUUAACUAGUCAUAUUUUUGAUUGAUUGGGUUCAAGUUUCAAUAAUAAAUGAUUCACAAACUGCUUAGUUUCAAUUUUUCGAAUUUUUCUACAAAAAAGAAAUCCAAAGAAACUAAUAAUUCCGGUUGUUUCCUGGGCUAAAUAUAUGAUGCUUCCAUAUUUCAAGCUCUUCCUAAUUAUAUAAUAAAAUCGAUUUUUUAAAACCUCCCUAAACAUGGUCUUCCGAACGUAUCUUCAUCAGUUAAAAAACCGGACAUAGCGCUGACCCGAUAAAGCGGUACUAUCAGAUAAAACAAGCCAAUCAACCAAACAUCACGGAUGGUAAAAUUGAUCUGACUUAAAAUGUUUAAACUGCACUAAAGUAAUUUGGAAAAUGGAUCUCAACAGACAGCGAUUCCUAAAAUGCAAUCUUAAAUUUUAAAACUUCUUCUUUUUUUUUAAAACUUCUUUAAACUAUUCGUUUGAUUCUUCUGAUUUCCAUUCUAAACACUUCAAUUUGUCGCUAUAUUUCCAGCUAAAUGUUGAUAGUAUAGAUAGUGUAAUGUAACUAAAACAAUGACAAUAUAGUACUAUACUCUUCCUUCUAAAAUCUGUUAGAACGGUCUAUAAAUAGUAAUAAAGGCCAAAACGAUCUCUUUGUAAGACCAACUAGUUUAUUUGUAGAAACUUUAGCGGUGUCUCUGUUUAAGUUGCCAUAAGUUUGUACGAACUAGGAUUUAUUGGUUAAUAGUGAGUUUCCUUAGAUUAGGUCGCAAUCAAAUGCGCUUCAAAAUCGUCACUAUAUGAUUGAAAAUGAGAAUUUCUGAUUUAAUUUCAGUAAAGUUACUUAUUUUGAACGCGCAUCCUAUUCUCGUAGCUGUAUUUGUAUAUAAAUAUCAUUCUAACUCAUAUUUUAGCUGCUUAGUGUAUUUUUACAUUUUAUUGUUCUGUAUUCUUAUCCCAUUUUUCUUAACUACUAAUUUGAUUUUAUUUUUAAUCUAAGCCACUCAAAUAAUAUUAACUUAUCUACAUACCUUUAAAGUAAGCAGUAGCGUUGGUAUAGGCAACUUUACUCUAAAAAAGCAAUAAAAAAGAUAUUGAUCGCAUAAACGUUUUACAACCAUGUUAAAAUAUGUGUUUAUUCUUGAUCGCUUUGAAUUAAUUGAACGCAGCACUUUUAAUGAGUAAAGUUGACUAUAGUGUUACUAUCUAACUCCUAAUAUUUGACUGACCUAAAUAUCGUUUUUAGAUAUUUUGUUAUUUCCUUAAGAGGAUCACCGAUAACCACCCCGAGUACCCAUUUUCUUUGGGUAUUUUUAUUUAAAGUGAUUGUCUUUCCUAAACAAAUGUUUCGUUUGAUAAAUAUGCUAAAUGAUUGAAAAGCGGACUACUUCCAUACGAAAAGUUUGUAUGAUUGUAUCUACUUGUUCCAAAAACAAACAACUUUGUUGUUGUAUAAUAGAUUAUCUCCAUCGAGACCUAUUUGAGAAUGCUUUAUAUGUAUACCUUAAAAUAAAGAAUUAUUGUAUGUAUUAAAUCUAAAAAUAAAAUUUUAAAAACAAAAUGGUCUGUAAAAACCGAAUAUCUAUUUGCCAUUCAAAGUCAAAUGUUCCGAUAUUUAUGUAUGUACGUAGUAUUAAGUGAUUUAAGUUUUGGAAAUAUUCUAUCUAAUACAGUCGUUGGCCCAUCUGUUGCAGAAAUUUAAUUAUUUUCCAAACGCAAUUUAUUUUAUAGAAUGUUGAGGCAACCCAUUGUGAUAAGAUUUUGAAUUAAACAUAUACCUACUAAACCCCGAUUAAGCCUAAAUAAAAAUUUAAAAAUA